UGACGCGCAUUGAUUGUUUGAAAGAUAUUGCCAUAAAAUUCGUUCAGAAUACGCCCAUUUUUUGAGAAUAAAAUCAAAGUUCAGUCAGUUUUGCAACGAUGCAGAGAACGGUAUUGAUUUUGGUUGCCUCUGUGGGCGUUCUAAGCAUGGCCCAACAAAUUAAGUGCAGAUCGCCAACUCGCUUCAUGAUUCCAGUUUUCAAGGCAAACUGGUUCAAAGCCACCGAGUACUGUUUCUCGCUGGGGAUGCAACUGGCCAUAACGAAUUCAAAAGCAGACCACGAUCAAAUUGUGGAGGCUGUUAAGGCAUCGCCGAUCUACGACGCAAACACUACGAUUGUCUGGCUGGGCGGCAGCGAUCUUGGCGAAGAGGGAGCAUUCUAUUGGCACUCGACAGGGAUUCGCUUGGCCUAUGCUCACUGGCAACCAAAUCAGCCGGAUAACUGGAGGGGCCAGGAGGAUUGCCUGUCUCUGGUUUAUUCUACGUCGUUGAGCUGGUUGUGGGUCGCCAAUGAUGGUAAUUGUGAGGGAAUGCACUAUUUUGUGUGUGAAAACGUUGACUGGAUUCACAAUAUUGGAGUUUUCUAAAGAAAUUCAAGAAAAAAUUCAAUAUUCCAGGUAGUCCAAUUUUGUACAGGUUAUCUGCCAAUAUUUCUAUGGAAGCUGAACUAAAAGCUCUCUUAAUAUUUAAAAUAUCUUUGUUAUUGAUAUUUAAAAUCUCAAUGGAUCCUCUAGUAAAGAUUUCAAAUGGUACAUUUUUCCAUUUAGACAUGAUUCAGAACGAUUCAGUCAAAAUUCAAGUUCAUUAUCUAUUAUGUGAGCAACUACAAUUUUUCGAAUAAUUUACUACCAAAUUGUUUUAAAAAUACAUUUUAAUAAGAAAAUAAAUGCAACUAGAGAAAGAA